ACGACCAAUAAGAAAUCGACACGACCGUCAGUAGCGAGAGUUAUAGGAGAGAGAAAAGCUGUGUGAAGGAUGUAGAAGUUUACAACUCCGAUUUUGAUGACCUACAAUCGGUUAAUCAAAUUUGUAUGUGUUCUGCACUGAUACUAAGAGUACGAAAAUGACUUCAUUGGGGCGGAGAACGAUUUUGAUCACCACUGUGCCACAGAAACCCACUAGCCCGGUGGUGAUGGAGGUCCCGGCCCAUGUUGUGGAGGAUGAGCCCCUGGAGCCGGGGCGAAAAAGACGAAGACUCACGCAUCUCACACAAGAGGAGAAGAUGCUGAGAAGAAAAUUAAAAAACAGAGUAGCAGCCCAAACAGCUCGAGACAGAAAGAAAGCAAGAAUGUCAGACCUUGAAGCAGAAUUGAAUACAAUGGAAAGAGAAAAUAAAAGACUACAGGCAGAAAAUAUUGCAUUAAGACAAAAAUCCAAUGCACUUUUUCAAGAAAAUCAGCAGCUAAAAGAACGUCUUGGACAGAAUCCAGAAGGUGUUGUCAUCCCAAAGAAAGAACAUUCAUCCCCUGAGUCCGCAGCACUCAACCUUCCUCAGCAGCAGGAAAAGAUGAUUGCUCUUUCUCUAUUGAUGACGCACUUAGUUGCCUGUCUAAUGACGUGGAAUAUGAUUUUCUUGGAUUGCUCCAACAACUACAGAAGGAAACGAGUGAUGAGCCAACAGAAGAGCCUGCUACAGAGUCCAGCACACAGCAACACAUUCCCCUGCAAACAGCCCCUACUAACAUGGUGGGGCCCACAACAGAAGAGCUGGAAUCCAUCAAUGAACUCAUAAAAUUUGAUCAUGAGUAUUUCAAAGUUGAUAAGAAAGAAGUGGUGCAACACAAACCAUCCGCAUGUGCAGGUCAUCUGCAACAACAGACCAUCCCAGUAAACACGAAAUUGAACACUGAGGACACCACAGUGUCUGCUGCUCUUGAAGAUUUGGACCAGAUCUUGAAAAGCAGCCUGGCUGGAUUGGAGCCCUCUGUGCCAAACCAGUCUUUUGUUUCUAAGGACAAUGUAGUUGCAAUAGAUACUUCACUAUAUGAAGAGAAUGAUGGGAAAAUCAAAGGGGAGACAGUCAGUGACUCUGGCUACAGUGAUAUGAGUGAUGUUGGAUCGCCUGCUAGUAGCUGUGGGUCUCCAGAUAGUGACUAUUCCUCGGGACUAGAUGAAAUCUGGGAAGACUCUUUUACUGAGCUUUUCCCUUCAUUGUUGUAAGGGUUUAGACCUUUACUUAAAAAAAAAGACUUAAAGCUUUCAAUUAUGUAUAUAGUAAAUGUCUAAUACAGAAUUCGAGAGAAAAUAAUUAAAUUUGCAUUUAUUUAAUAUAUUUUGGUGGGAAGCAGGUUGCCCCCUUGUACAUAUUUAUUGUUUCAAUAUUGUCCUUAGAAAUAAAAAUGUUAAAUUCUA